CUUUCCUCCAGAUAACCUCCAGGCAGUGACUUUCCCCGACACCUUCAAAUCUCACCUUUCUCAGGGCCAUGGUAUCGGAGACUGGUCCUGGUAUAAACCGUGACAAGACUUGAUUGUCAUACACUCUGAAUUCCUACCGCCUGCGAGAUUCCCUUUCCACACGCGACCGAAUCGUCAUAUUGCUGUGAAGGUGGCUGUUGACGGCUGAAAUCGACUGCGAUUUAUAAGAAUCGAGACCAAAAAAAACGAAGCAUGGUAUCAGCGCAGGUCCCCUUUUCGCCCUCGUUUUCCGCCCUGGACCCUAUCAUCAUGGACGACGACAUGGACUUUCUGGACCCCACAAAACUCGAGAUGUCAACUGAAAAUGCUGGGGGAGAUUUUGACGACCUAUUCGCUCGAGCCACCACUUCCCGUCCGAAUGGCGCCUCGGGGCCUUCGAAGCCAUACCAAGAUCAAAACCCCCUGAGGCAAGUGUCGACUCUUGCCGCGGACUCCCCAGCCGAAUCGCCGGAUGAUUCGGGUCGCAGUUCUUCCUCCGAAUCGCCACGGAAUCACCUGCGACAAACAUCGAUCGCUUCGACAAACUCAGCAGCGCAUAGUGAGAAUCCCUUGGUUUCUAAUAGUUACCCGUCGGAGGACUGGAUGCGCCCGGAAUUAUCGUCAGUCAAGGAGGAAUCGCCGUUCAAUAUUGAUCCUUCUUUUCCUAUGGAUGGUGGUUUCUCUAUGGACCCUGAUCUGGAGGUCAGCAACAAGGCGAUGGACGCAGCCUUUGAUUUUGAAAGUGCAGCCAGUAGCCCUAGUCCAUUGAAGACGGACAAUGGGUCACUCCCGAGACCCCAAAAGCGCUCGAAAUCCCAGCUCUGGAGCCCUUCGAGCAACCACGCUGGGCUGGCGUCGAUCGAUGCUGUGCCUUCAGUUCAUGCCCCCGGGUCUCCGUUCUUCGGUUUUGGACUCAACGGCCAGUCGCCAUACUCGACCGCAAUCCCUCAAGAUAUGGAUCGAGUCGCCCCGCAAUGGGGCGGGCAGUCUCCUUCGUCACUUCUGGAAGAAAGCUUCGGUGGCAUCAACAUGAAUCGCCAAUCACCCCUCCACGCCUCGCUAUCACCCGCCAUGAACUUCGGCUCGCCCGCAUCAUACCAAUUCCCUGUCAACUUCACUUCCUCCCCGGCCCAACCUCAAAUGAACGCGCACUCUCUACAACCUGUUCUCACUGUGCAUCCAACCUCCCUCAAAUCCCGCGUUGAGACUCAAAUUCCGAUCCGAUUGACCCUCUCCCCGCUACCUACCGGCGUCAAGAAACUUCGUCUUCCCUCACACACCAUCUCGAAACUCAAAUUCCUUGCUCCUCCUGCCACCGAACCUACCCGCGAUACCCUUCAAUUGUACACAAGUUUGGUAUGCACAAGCGCUAUGCAAGACAGAGAAAAGAUCAAGCGGGCAUUUGCACGGACAAGGGGUGAUCACUACCAAGCAACCUCGGACGAUGAACGUCCGUUGGACGGAGGUGAUGUGAAGAUCUGCAGCGGGUGCAUACAGCGAGAACGGAAACGUGCAUCACGGAAGAAGCAAAGGAAGCCUGAGGAAGAUGAAUUGUUUCAAAAGGAUGAAGAGAAGCGUGUCAUUGUCUUCAACACCAGUGAGAUCAAGGAAUGGACCGAACCAGCAAAGAACUCCAGCGGUGGCUACGGCGAUAGAUUAUCUGUCCCACCAGGAUCAAUGCAAGUGGAACUGCCGAUGCGGAUUGCUUGCUAUUGCCGACACCAAAACGAGAAGCUCGGAUUCCAGGUUAUAUUUACUGUGAAGGAUCACUUGGACAACGUGGUCGCGCAGGCAAUCACCAAUUCGAUUAUGAUAACCGACGACCACAAGACGCAGGCUCCAUCCGCGCCUGCACCGACUGGCCCUUCACCAUCUCUCUCAGAUGGGACACAAGUACCGGGAGUUGGAGUGUUUCCCUCGGGCCAAACCCCCGAGAACGGGCAAAAUUCUUUCGGUGCACCUCAGUCGCCAACUGAUCUGCAGGGUCUUCAACAAAGGUUCAAUUCACAAUAUCAGCUUACGCCCAGUUCAUUUGCGGCUCCGGGCUCAACGAAUGGAGGGCAUGUGCCUCAGACGUCCAGGAGCCUGUCUCGAGGAGCAUCCCCAUCUGAUUUCCAAGGGCCACAGAGCAAACGACGCAAACACAGUAGCUCUGGAAGGCUUCCAUCGGAACUGACGAUGACGCGACUCGAGACACCUCAGUCAUCUGCAGCGGCCAUGAACAAUGCACAACUUGCGGCUGCUCGUGGAUUCGCUUCACCAACUGAACGGCCAUUCGUAAACCCGUCCGCCAUGUCAGGUCAAUAUGGAAAUGGCCCGCCCACUCCCAACCAGAACAAUGAUAACAAUCCAUUCUUUAACCCGACUCCUGCCCAGCGACAGAGUUUGGAUACCCUGGCCGGGGGAGGAGUGGCGUCAACGCCCAACUCCGCCCAUCCCAGUCGUCCGGGGACGCCAGGUGGCUCGAAUCGCAACGGCUUCCAUGAUUCAAAUGUUCCCAUGGGACUUGGUGCGAAUUCCUCAAGCCAGGUUUGGCCUCCUCUCAGCAAUACUCCCAAUCGAUUGCCAUCAGUGAUCCACAAGUUGGUGCCUGCCGAGGGCUCCAUCACAGGAGGUACUGAGGUUACGUUGUUGGGCAGCGGAUUUUAUCCCGGUAUGGAGGUUGUUUUCGGUGACACCUUGGCUACUACAACCACAUUCUGGGGUGACAAGUGCCUCAACUGUCUGACCCCUCCCGCUCUUCAACCGGGAUUGGUGUCUGUGGUAUUCAAACAUGAGCACCCGACAUUUGGCCAAGUCCAACAGUCUCAACCCCUCAUGCCCAAACAGCAGCUGUUCUUCCGCUACGUGGAUGAUCGUGAGCUUCAAAUGUAUCGCUUGGCACUGAACAUUCUUGGUCAGAAAUUGGGAAGCCAAGCGGAUGCAUUCCACACAGCGCAACAGAUCAUGGGAAGCGAUCCAAACGCGUUCUUCAACAUGCAGGCAGACAUGCAGGGUAACAACUCCUCUGGGGGUCAGCAACGCCAAGUACCAGGUCUUGAAAACCAAGGCAAACUCGGCGAUCUCGACUCCAAGAUGCUGACCUACUUGGAAUUCAUCGACUUGGAUGACAGUCCCCGGCCACCGCGGUACAACUCCCGCAGCACGACCGGCCAGAGCCUUCUUCACUUUGCGGCGUCAUUGGGACUGACAAGAUUUGUUGCGGGUCUUUUGGCUCGAGGUGCAAACCCCGAUGUGCAAGACAACACGGGCAAUGCGCCAAUGCAUCUGGCCGCACUCAAUGGCCAUGCUCAUAUUGUCCACCGGUUGCGUCUGACGGGCGCCAAUCCCAACACUCGCAGCGUACGAGGUUUCACUGCCGCGGACCUAGCGACAACGCUACCCGCGCACCAAGCCGCAUUGCUUCCAUCUCGCCACUACCGGUCCCGCAGCGUUGGAUCCCUCACAUCGCGCCGCCGGCAAAGCAGCUCGGCCUCGCUCAGCUCCAUGUGGGAGGUGUCUUCCGCCUCUGGAUCUCUUGGUCAUACUGUUGAUGACUCGGAGGAUCUGGAUGACUCGGAGGAAACUACUGACGAUUCCGACUCGGAGCCUCUUCAAUUCAGCUCUUCUCGUCGGUCUAGUAUGCACCAAGAUGUCGGUCCGCCAAUUAUGGACAAUAGCGAACAAGCUGCCGCUCCUGGAGAUGCUCAAGGCUUCGCCCCGCCAGCACCUCUUGUUGCGUGGCGUGACCAGCUGGCUCUUCAAAUCAAUCAGUUCCAGCAGAGCGUGGCUAAUGCAUUCCCCAAUCUCCCGGCCCUCCCUCCGAUGCCUCCGAUGCCCGCAAUGCCCGCGAUACCCGCGAUGCCCGCCCUCCAAGACUACCAAGGGCAAGGAAUGAUGCGCCGCAUAACAAACCUUGUCCCUCACCGACCUGCUGCUCGGGAUGGCUGGUGGGAUUACCUGAAGGGCACAUCCGCACCCAACCCCAACCAACCACCUUCAUACGAUGAGCUGUUCCCGCACCCCGAUACCACCGAUGAGUCCGAUAUGAAGAAGUCCAGUCUGCUCCGCGCCGCAACAGAGGCAGCUAUCGACCAACACUUCGAGGCCCAGAGCAGUGCUGCUGCGGCUGCCGCUUCGGCUUCGGCUUCGGCUUCCGCUUCCGCUUCAGCUUCCCUCGCUCAAGUCGAGAAGGACGAGAUCAAAGACAUCACAAUCGGGCGCAAUGUCAUCUCGCGCGAGCAGCAAAAGCAUCUCCGAGAGCAACAGGCUCGACGAAUGAAGGGUCUAGGCAGCGACCGAAACCUGUACUUCAUCUGGAUUCCUCUUCUUCUUCUCGUUAUUUGCGCCUGGGUUCGAAACUACGUUCCCGGGAUUUGGCAAGGCGUCACGGACAGCUUUGAAUUUGUGAAAGCUCGCUAUACACAGCCGGCUGUGGAAAUGGGCAUUUAGGGCAUCCUU